CUGCAUUGUCGCUUAUUGCAAUACAUUAUUUAAAAUGAAGAAGUGUUGGUUACAAAUAUUUUUUUUUCAAAUUUUUCCACUUUUGUGUUUAACUUGUCAUCCAAAUUUCUGGCCAAAUCCUGGUAUUGAUAACAAAGAUCUUACAUGGGUUGUAGAAAUAUUCGCACUACCAUUAAAGGAAUCUAAAAGUAUAAAGGCUAUAUUUCAGUGUGCAGGUGUUCUUAUUCACCCUCAAGCUGUAUUAACUACUAGGAAUUGUAUGCCAGAUGAUAAUUUUUCACAAAAUGUAACUGUUCGAGUUUAUGACUGGUCAAAAAAAAGUAAUAAUAUAAUUCAAGAAUUAUAUGUAUCUAGAAGUUAUUAUGAAAAAUAUUAUGAUAUUGAUGUCUUUAGAAUAAAUGAAAAUCUUUUUACGACAUUAAUUUUGGAAAAACCAUUUAGUAUUGAUUCUCAAAUAAAUUUUACUGAUUCGUAUAAACUGAAUACUACCAUUGAAGAUGUAUGUAUCUAUCUAGAUGAAAGAUUAGAAAAAAAGUCUGGAGUUCUUUCACGAAAACAAUUAUGGCUAAAUUAUCUACCAGACAAGGAGUGUUGUGAUUACUUUGGCGAUUGGACUGUUCCUUUUUUUAAUAAAACAUUACAAUACAAUUGUACAAAACAUCCAAGUAGUUUUUGUUCCAGUUUUUAUUCAUCAAAGUGUUCGAUUCAAGGAAGACAAGGCACUCCCAUAUUAUGUCCAUCAGCUCAUGAUGGUAGUUUUACAUUAGCAGGACUAUUAGUUGGAAAUACUGAUUGUCGUUAUCAAUUCGCAAAAAUUCAAGAUAUACAAAAAUAUAUAAAUAGAGCGCUAGCUAAUGUUACUCUUUAGAAGUAAAGAUUCUUAAUUUUACAUCUAUUAAUAAAGUAUCAGAUGUAGAUUACUUAAUAGAGACAAAUUUUUAAUUAUGGUAUUUUAAGAGUGAAUGGUUUCUUUCUAUAAAAAAAAUAAUCAUCUAAUCAAUUCAAACUUUCGUAUCAAGUCUCUGAUUUGAUAAGAAAUUAAAAAUGCAAAAAAUUGUAAUUCAAAAGUAAAUAAAAUAUUAACCAAUUAUUUAUAUAACCGAUUGAUGGAAUGAGAACAGUAUUAUCGACGCCUUCUCAAAUAAAAUGGCAACUGUAGAUACAAAAGCAUACUACUUGAAAAUAUGUAAUGGAUUUUAAUUAUCUGAUAAAAUUAAUUAAAAUUA